AUGCCCCAUAAAGAGGUUACACGAAAUGACAUAUCCGUCGCAUGUGCAACGAAUGCACUACCAAACCUGUCUCGGCGUCGGCAACUCCAUCGACGCCACGGGCGGGCGAGUCUGGAGCCUACCUUGUACUCGCCCCCCGCAGAUCUGCUUCCCGACGCAAGGAGGCUGUACGGCGCACGCAGUAGCAGCGAAGCACAUGCGCCCCCGCAGCGCAGCACUGUACCCCUGCAGACAGUUAACAGGCUGUACAGUGCGCACCAGCGCAGCACACCACACGCGCCCCCGCAGCGCAGCACUAUAUCCCUGCAGCUAAGUAACAAGCUAUACAGCGUGCAUCGAAGCAGCACCACACAUAUGCCCCCACAACGCAGCACUGUACCCCGGCACCAAUCAACAGGCAACACAGUGCACACCGACGCGGUGACAGCGUAUGUGCCCCCACGGUGAAAUAAGAAUUCCCAGCUGUCAAUCAGUCUUAUAUUAUUAAUUAUCACUAAACCACGCUGCGUACGCAGGUGCAGUGGUACCGUAUACACAGUCGCUGUACAUUAUUUGUUUCUGCAUGCGAAUAAAUAACCGUUUUGACUUUAAUUAAAA